CCACUAACAAGGUACCUAUUUAGUACCAAGUGCCAUUGUAUGGCAAUGUAUGCACCUAAAUAUUAGGUACUAAAUAAGUUACUACUAACCUUGGUCUUAGUCAAGAUCAACUAAGCCUUAAGAACUUAUUCCUCAAGACAGCACCUAGUUCUCAACUAAACCUAUUCACUUAGGUUAAAGACAUUCUAGCUCGAAAUUCAAGUAACAAGUAAUAACCUAGGUUAGCUUAAUAUUCUCAUCGUGGAAUCCUCAAACAUGGCACCUACAGAGCGGAAUGGCCCUACCGCCCCGGAUUUCCCUCCGAUCCGGGCGUGCUUAUUUGACAUGGACGGCCUCCUCAUCAACACCGAGGACUUAUACACCCUGUGCGCCGACAUCGUCCUAAAAAGGUACGGCAGGCCAAACCUACCAUGGUCCGUCAAAUCUAAGCUCAUGGGCAUUCCCGGCGCGUCCAACGGCGACAUAUUCCACAACUGGGCGCAGCUGCCGAUAUCGCGGGAGCAGUUCAAGGAGGAGCAGGCCGAGCAGCACCGCAUCUACUUCCCGGAGUGCAAGCCCCUCCCCGGCGUCGAGAAGCUGCUCCAGGAUCUCAAGCGCGCCAAGACUACCCGGGGUUGGCCGGUGCAGAUUGCACUGGCAACGAGCAGCGAGCAGCGCAACUACGACAUCAAGACCUCGCAGCCCGCGACGAAGCAGGUGCUGGAGCUUAUCCCGGAGGAGCACCGGGUCGUGGGGGACGAUCCCCGCGUCCAGCAUGGCAGGGGUAAGCCGGCACCGGACAUCUAUCUAGUUGCACUCAACUCCAUCAACGCAUCGCUGCCCGAGGAUGUCCCCAAGGUCCAGCCAAAUGAGUGUCUCGUCUUUGAGGACAGUGUGCUAGGUGUCGAGGCAGGCAGGCGGGCCGGGAUGAGAGUGGUAUGGGUUCCGCAUCCUGGGUUGGCUGCUGAGUACGAGGGUAAGGAGAAGGAGGUGCUUGCUGGAAGGACGCCGUUGUUUUCUAUUGGGAACGAUGAGCAACGUGGGGAGGUCGAUGAUGGUUGGGGUGAGCAGCUCGCUACUCUCGAGAAUUUCCCGUAUGAAAAAUUCGGUAUCGUUGUCCCAUGACCUAGGUAUGUCCCUAUCUAGGAUAUGAUCGAUCUCCAAGAGUAUUGCAUGCGAUCCGUCGGUUUCCGGAGCGAAGGGUUAUUUCUGAAGAAGAAAGAGCUUGGUAUGACGGGGCCGUAGAUGAAAUUAUCAUGCGAGUG